ACUGUUUUAACAUUGGUCUUCAUUUAAAAACAUGCAGUGGUGCGCUGAAGUAUUGACACCCUACUGUAUUUAUAAUACAUUGAAACAUGGAUGUGAUUGUACUGUGUAUGGAAAUUCUCACCAACAAUUGUAGUUUUACGUUAUGCCCCUAUCUUAGAUAAUGGGGAAUGCGGAGAGUACUUCCCUCCAGAAGUGCCUGUCCCGGUUUCUUCCUAAGGAGCAAGCUGUUAUUGAUGGGAUAUAUAACAAGCUGUUGAGUGCAGAAGAGGCCGGAGCGACGAAGAAAGCAAAGGCAGUGACUCUGGAGAUGCUAAAGGAGUAUGUUGAAGGCUCGCUUCCUGAUUCGAUGACUGUUCGGCUGUACAAUGGUAUGAGAAGUGUGGAUCCCACAGGGAAGGCAGUGCCUCCUAGUGACAGUGUCAGCAAAGAGCAGCUAAUCGUUUUCCUGUCGGACGUUCUGCGGGGAAUAGCAGAGGAGAAGGGAGCUCUGGUCCUGUCCAUGGUAUCUGGAUCUCUGAGAGGAACUGUGAAGGGAAGUCAAGUCACAGAGUUUACAGAGGAUCUGAUCUCCUCUGUACUUCAAGUUCUGAAACACAGAAAGCUACUGAAAGGCUGGAGUUUGGAUCAGACCCGGGACAGCACAGAAGGGAUUAAACUCCUGGCAACCCAGUUAACACGCGAACUUCGACCAGCAGGUGAAGAGCUACCAGCAGGAAAGCUUCUGGAGGCAGAUUGUGACCUUGGUUCCAUUGAGGACUGGGUGUUUCGAGUCUCCAGCGUGUCCACUUUCCUCAGCUUGGUGGUCAGUCAAGGCCUGUGCAUCCAGCUUUCUGAAGGUGGGGUAGGGAACCUGUUACCAGACUGCAGGGAUGUCCAUUGGUCAAAGUUCCUGAGUAUCCUAGACCUGCCUUCCAUCAUGUACCUGAACUCCCAGCUGCCCGUGGAGGUUCAGCACCAGUGGCGGCUCCUCUUCUCCACCCGCCAUCACGGGGAGAGCUUCUCACGCCUGUGCGGACAGAUUGUUCACAAAGGCCCCACCAUCCUGGUCAUCCAAGACUCACAGGGACACAUCUUUGGUGGGUUUGCAUCUCACAGCUGGGAAAUCAAGCCCCAAUUCCAAGGGAGCAACAGGUGCUUUUUAUUUUCUGUCAAGCCUUAUCUCUCUGUUUACAUGUGUACUGGAUACAAUGACCACUACAUGUACCUAAACCAUGGCCAGCAGACCAUGCCUAACGGAUUGGGAAUGGGUGGACAGCACAAUUAUUUUGGUCUGUGGGUGGACAGUAAUUUUGGGAAAGGGCACAGCAAGGCCAAGUCCCGGUGUACCACCUACAACAGCCCUCAACUCUCAGCCAAUGAAGACUUCAGCAUUGAUGCCAUGGAGGUGUGGGCGCUGGGGGAACCUCCAGAAGAUGCACCUUCCAAGUCAAAGAAGAGCAUUUUAAAUGCUGAUCCAGAGGCGCAGGCAUUGAUGGAAAUGACAGGGAAAGUUCGUCAGAGUGAAGGGCUCUGGGAGCCAGUGGAGGAGGAAGAGGAGGCUGACAAAUAAAUAAAGCUCACUCGAAACUAAUCCUGUGGGAUAAACUGUGAAUACGGCUGAGUGGGGGCUCCUAUUCUAUUGUCUUUACAGGAAACCACAACCAGAUCAAAUAGUGUGAGAAACAUCUGCCCCUGUUCAAAAUGGCCUCAUUGGCUAUGUUUACAAUGGUUUUUGUGACACUUAAAGGAACGUUCUUAGUUUUUUUAAAUUUUUUAAAUUUUUUUUAAACUGGGUAGUGUGUGUGAGCGACGGUUAGGCUCACUGAGCUGACAGCAUCAAAUCCUGUUGAUUUUUUUUUUUUUUUAAUUAAAUAUUUUUAAAUCAAAGGAGUGCUUUGGAGUUAGGAAUCCUAAAUAUUUUACCAGACAAAUUUGGUUUUAAGAAGUUUCCAGCAACACUACCUCUAGUUGCAUCGGCUGAGAGUGGAAAGUAAGCCAAAGUGUCCAUUUAAACAUACUAGUUAAAAAGGAAACUAAUUAAACCCAUGUGGCUUUGAUAAAGUAAAUAAGUUUUGUAAUAAAUCUUACAAAGUAGUUAUAGUCCUCCGCAGGUCCGAUUUUUCUCGCUAUAAAAAGGAGCUCCUGACAUGCCUGUGUGCUGCUGAGCCAAGUCAGUUGGUUUUUGUGCUGCAGAUCAGAUUGAAGCCUUUUCCUCUGACUGGGUUCAGGGCUUUUCAAUUACCCACACAGGGCAGGAAUGCGUUCUGGGAUUUUAAAAAUCCUGUAUAAAAGGAAUAGUGAAGAGUGUGGUGUCUGCGGGAUUUUCUUGUUCGUAGGAGCAGCGCAUCGCCACUACAUGGCAGCCUUUUAUUUUUAGCUGCUUUUGUAAAGUGUUUUUGUUUCCCUAUUUUUGUUUUAAUUUCCUGUACACUUGUUGGAUAUUCUUCCUUGACUUAACAUCGGUGAAAGUGUCACAGGGUUUUCUUUGUGCUAAAUAAAUCCUGAGUGGUGUUUCAAUGUCUACCUCUAUCGCUAUCCAUCUGUCAGCGAAACGCCCACACCUACCCUAUCACAAAUAGGCUGAAGUGAUUUUAUUUUCCUUUAUUUUUUGGUGUAGUGCUGCUACCAUUGCGUUCCACCACUAUUUUCAUUGUAAGCAUAGCCAUUGUUCGUUUCGAACAUGUUUACCUGUAAGUAAUCUAGGAUGUGGGGCAUUCUACAAUAUUGUGAGUGUUGUUGAAGGGACAUUCAGAGAUCCUUUCUUAAACCUAAUUUUUAAUAAUCAGAAUAGCUGCUGCAAAAUAACAUUUUUAAAACUCAGCAAACCUUUAUUUUUGUUUUAACAAUCAGGAAAUUAUUGAGGCAAGUUGUUUAGCUUCAGAUUACUUAACCAAAAAGGUUAAAUGUAGGAAGAUUUAUUGAGUGUAUCAUAAUCUUGGAGUUUCCCUGUACCUGUAUGUCACAUAAAAUAUAUCUUGAUUUUA